CGGCCCGGCCUUUUCAAAUCCCCACUAUAUAUAAACACUUCUUCCCCUUUCUUCAUGCCCUAAUCUCAUAUUUCAAAUUUCAAAUUCUCUCUGCAAUUCUUUCUCAGACUCUGAAGAAAUGGCUCGUACUAAGCAGACAGCACGUAAAUCUACUGGUGGAAAGGCUCCAAGGAAGCAACUUGCUACUAAGGCUGCUAGGAAGUCAGCCCCUACCACAGGAGGAGUGAAGAAGCCCCAUCGUUACCGACCUGGAACUGUUGCUCUCCGUGAAAUCCGAAAGUAUCAAAAGAGCACUGAGCUUCUCAUUCGAAAGUUACCAUUUCAAAGGCUUGUCCGUGAAAUUGCGCAGGAUUUUAAGACAGAUCUAAGGUUUCAAAGUCAUGCUGUGCUUGCGCUUCAAGAAGCUGCUGAAGCGUAUUUAGUUGGUCUCUUUGAGGACACCAACUUGUGUGCCAUCCAUGCUAAGAGAGUCACCAUAAUGCCCAAGGAUAUCCAACUUGCAAGGCGUAUUCGUGGAGAACGAGCUUAAGCUGGUCACAUUAUUCAUUAAUGAACAAUCUCGUUUUGGUUUCCCGAUUAUGGUUUUAGCCUUUAGGUACAUCUUUUGUUUGUGCCUGGAAUGUUUAUCAGUAGAUGGUUUUUCAAGGAUCUUAUUGUGUUCUGUAAAUGCUGGUACAAUAGUUUUGGUGAAGCGAUGCAUUUAUUAAUAUGAAUGCUGAUUCUGAUUU